CUGUAUGUGUGUGUUUACCCCCUCCGAGCUCUCAACUGUGGCCGGGCUCCACCAACCAACCACAAUUCUGACAUUUAACUCCGGAAACACAAAUGUAACCAGCGCUGCGUUACAUCCUAAAGCGAGACCGAACGGCGAGGCGUUUGAUCAGCUGUCGGACAGCGGUUGGAACUGGCCACAAUGUCGAGGGUGUUGAAAAAGAGGCAAGCUGACCCCAAGGUGGUUCAGUAUGUCUGGUCGGCUAUCGAAGUCAUCCGCAAUCAGAAACAAAUCGCAAACAUGGACAGAAUCUCAAAAUAUUUAAGUCGUGUGUAUGGGAUGCACCCUAAAGACACGGCCAGGCAGCUAGUUUUGGCUGUCAAAGACGGUCUGGUGGUGGAGACGCUCACAGUGGGCUGUAAAGGCUCCAAGGCCGGGAUCGAACAGGAAGGAUACUGGCUUCCAGGAGAUGAGAUGGAGCAGAUGUCAGAGGGAAGCAAGCCCUCUCUGCCUUCUGAAGCUCUUUUCCAAGAUGACUGGGAAGCAGAAAGUCAUGACUGGUACUGUUUUGAGUGUCACCUUCCUGGAGACGUGCUAGAAUGUGAUGGCUGUUUCCGUGUCUACCACCUCCGCUGUGUGUCUGAAGACCACCGGCCACGGGACACUACCUCCCACUGGCAGUGCGGCAUCUGCAGGGGCAGUAAAAGGAAGAAUUUGAACAAACAGGAAAUGACAACAUACCUAAAGUUCAUUCUUGGACGCAUGAAAGAAAGGGCUGUGGACCUGCACAAAAGAGGCAAGGAGUCAAAACAACCCAUGUACAGAAGACUGGUCCACACGCCACUGGAUGUGGAUAACAUACAAGAGAACAUCUCAGAGGGGAAGUACAAGAGCUUUGAGGAGUUCAGGGCUGACGCUCAACUUAUAGUUCACAACACAGCCAUCCUGCACGGAGUCAACAGCGAUCAGACUGAAAUUGCAAGACUUCUCUACAACGACACAUGCCACGAGCUGAACGAGUUAAUGCUGUGCAGACACUGCUUCUAUCUCUCGAACGCACGACCCGACAACUGGUUCUGUUACCCAUGUAGUCCGACUCAUGAGCUGGUGUGGGCCAGGAUGAAGGGCUUUGGUUAUUGGCCUGCAAAGGUGAUGCAGAGGGAGGGCAAUCAGGUGGAUGUUCGGUUCUUUGGUCACCAGCACCAAAGGGCAUGGAUUCCUUCUGACAACAUCCAGGAGAUCACAGUCAACGUGCAGCAGCUGCAGGUGAAGCGCAGCUCGGGCUGGAAGAAGGCAUGUGAUGAGCUGGAGCUCCACCAGCGGUUUGUGAGGGAGGGCCGAACCUGGAAGGGGAAGCUGGAAGACAAGCACGACAGGUCGGACAGGCACGAAAAACAGGAAGACAGACAGGAAGAAGCAGAGUCAAGUAUCUCCUCCACGUCCAACGAGCAGUCGAAAGGCAACCAAGAGCCCAAAGCUAAAAAGAGCCGCCGUUCACAAGUCGCCGAGCCCAAAGAAGAGGAGCCAGAGCCGGAGAUGGAAGCCGUCAGCUCAAGUCAAGAGAUCCCAACAGCUGUUCCACAUCAACCUGAGCGUAUGUCCGUCUCCACCCAGACCAAAAAGUCUGGCUCUUCUUCCUCCUCUUCCCCGCCUCCUCCUCGCAUGGUACACCGAGGCACUCAGACGGUCAACGAGGGCAGCUGCCAAAACAUGUGCCACGACAAAUACACCAAGAUCUUCAGCGACGUUAAAGAAAUGAUGAAAGCGGAGAACAAGCGGGAAACCGAACACGUCCUGAAAGAGGCUCUGGACAAGUUGCGAACGGAGAUGGAGGAAGAGAAGAGGCAGGCGGUGAGCAAAGCGGUGUCCAACACGCAGGCUGAGAUGGAAAGAAAGUGCAAACAAGUGAAAGAGAAGUGCAAAGAGGAGCUCAUGGAGGAGAUGAAGAAGAUGGUAGCUCAGCAUAAACAACUUAUUUCCCAGACCAAGAAGAAGCAGUGGUGUUAUAACUGUGAAGAAGAGGCGAUGUACCACUGCUGCUGGAACACGUCGUACUGCUCCAUCAAAUGCCAGCAGGAGCACUGGCACGCCGAUCACAAGCGCACCUGCCGCCGGAAGAGAUGAGCUGCAGCUGGCCACGCCCCUCCUCUCGACUCACUCAUCCACGAGCCACGCUAUUGGAUAGAUUUCAACGCUCACCACCUGCCCGUGGAAUUUUUUUUUUUUAAGCCAGCAUUUUAAACCCCAGCUCUUAGAACACUUUUACCAGAACACUUUGCUGAGUUGCGGUGAACGCUAACAGGGCAGCCAGCGCGGGACUUCACGAUCCUCGUGGAGAUGGUUUUAUUGUUUGGAUUGUAACGGUAUCUCAUCGCGUAUUCCUUUUUUUUUUUUUUUUUUUUUUUUGUUUUUUACCCUUUUAUUUGCCGUACGACGGAAAUCAGCCUUGCUUGCAUACAGACUAGCUGAAAUGUGAAGUACUAGUAAUCUUUUUAAACACAACUUAAUCUGAAGCUAUGUAGAUAUUUGACUUUUUUUAUAUAAGCGAAUCAUGUCAGCCUCCUGCAUUGAGUGAAGUUGGUGCUUUUAAACUCGACGGUUGGUUUUUAUCAGUGGUUGUGAUGUGUCAUUUCUUUGGGAACAGGGUUUUAAAGAUGGCAGGUCAUGUCUGUCUGAAUGAUACAAUCUUCCAUUAACGAAUAUGCACAUUUCAUGGUUACACUUUAAAAUAGGCCUUUUUUAAUUUUUAAUGGAGAAACUAAAUUAUGUGCUAAUUUUGGGGGUCCAUUUCUGUAGCUUAAGUAUACUAAAUCUCUGCAGAGUGGGAUCUUUAGUGAGGUUUCUAAUUUGUCACCGGUGCUCCCAGCCAAAACGAAAUAUUUCGUGAUCCCGUUGUGUAGCAAAAUUUAAAUCAGACUUAAGAUUGUACAGAGAUGAGUGUAAGUUAAACAAUCAUAAAUGAUCGCUGUAGGGUUUUAUCAUUAAGAAUGACCUUUCGUGGCACUUUUUUUGAUCCGAGAGCAAAGUUAAAAGGAUAGCUCGUUUAAAUUCUGCCCUCAUUUACUCACCCUCAAGUUGUUCAAACCCGUAUGUCUUUCUAAAACGCCGGUCCACUUCCAACGCAUGGAAAAGAGCAGCUUUAACAUUCGGCUAAACGUCUGCUUUUGUGUUUUUAUUGCCAGAACUUCGGGUUGGAACGACGUGGGGCCGAGUAAAUGACGAAAUUAGAAUUUUUAGGUGAAUUAUUAUUCCUUUGAUUGCUGCAAUAAAAAAAAAAAUGUAAGUACAAAUGAGGUCAGAUCUAUCUUUUAGAGAGUUUUUUGAGAUUUGUCUAUGUCGACCGGGGAGAACCAAUCAGCCGAAGGAUGUAGGAGAACGCGAGGUUCUUCUCAGAUGUUUUUUUGCACAGAUCCAUAUCUGCGUGAACUUGUAUUGUGUCUCUCUGUUCUGGAUGCGUCCUAAAUCACGUCUGAUACAUCCAGGUUUCUGUCCUGCCCUACUUCUCCUCCUCUCCUUCCCAACCUCACUGUUGCACUACGUGUAAAUAACUGUUCGCCGCUAACCGUGACUGAUGACCUUUGCACGUUAGCAUAUGUACAUUUCAUGAACACAUUAACUAUGUAUUUGAUAAAAGUCGAUCUGUAAAGGAAAAAAAAUAUUUGUGAUAUAACGGUAAUAUGUUCCAUUCCAGUGUGCAUGAAACCAGGUUGUGUGUACCUUAUUUUGGGCUCUGCGUUUAAUCUACGUUCUUGCGUGUCAUCGGUGAUGCAGUAUGUCUCCUUUUUUGGUUUUCUAGGGUAAUUUGACACCACUUUGUAAUUGCAAGCAACCCUUUUUUUAAAUUUUUAUUUUUUAACUUAUAUUUAUGCGGACAGAGCAAUGACUACUGAGAAUUUCCGACACCCGGGCGAGAAGUCUGCUAUACAAACACCUGUCUUUCAUGUGCAUACGAAUUAAAAUGUGGUGUAAACGUUUUCCCCUUUCUUGCAUUACAUUAUGUAACAGUACUAUGUAUAAAUAAAACAUAUCAACCGGUGGUA